CUUCAGGCUGAGCCAGGCAGCCUCCCCAGGUCACCCUCGUGUCCCCAGCCCCUGAGCUCAGCCCUGACGGCCCCGCGGGUCCCAGGAGGGAUUUGCAGCCGGUUGUUUGUUUAAUGAAUGGUGUCUGCCCCGGGGCUGUGAAUGAGGGUUGUGCCAGCGUUGCCGGACACGGAUCUCUGUGUCACCGCUGUGAAUAAUUCCUGCUCUGGAGCUCAUUUGUGGUCAGGCAGCUGGGGGCAUUACAGGGUGAGAACGCGGGGCUGGCUUUGCCUGGGGAUUUGUGCGAGGAAGCGGCUGAUGGCAUCCCCUGUGCAAGGGGACUGUUCCCAGCCCCAGGCCAGGGCAGCGAUGCAGAUCACCGCCCCCUGGGAUGCCACCGCACGCCCAGGACUUUGUGUACUUGAUUUUUUUCUCUCGGUUGCACAAACACUCUGACAAAUGCUGUCAUCGAGGGGGCACGACCAAGGAGGGGGGAUAUGAGGGGUGGCUGCUGAAAGGCACCUGCCCCAGCUCCUGGCCUGUCCCCGAGGAGCGGUGUGAUGACAAACUAAACUAACAGGGCUGUUAAAAGCACACACACACACACGAGCACACACACGCACGCACGCACGCACGUGUGUCGGGGAUCUCGGUGCUGCUUGCUGAAAGGGGGGACCACUGUGGGAGGGCUCUGGGGCUGCCAGGGCUCUCCAGAGUCCCUGCAUCCCACUAAAUCCUGAGUUUCCUGGGUGCGUGGGUGUGGAUGUCUCUUUUUAGAAGGUUUUGCUGGAAAGGAGAUGGCUGGAAGCCAAGCCCCGGGAGCUGAGUGCUUUGCUCAAGCUGGGAAAUUCCUGGUCCUCACACAGAGAGAACUGGGAAUCUGACAGGCUGGGUGCUGCCCUGGCCACGGACACAUCCCACCCCUCCUGCCCAUGGUCCUUCCUUCCCAGGAGGGGCAUUCAGCGAGCAACGCUAAAAAAUGCACAUUUUGGCCUAAGAAAUGCACAUUUUGGACUAAAAAAUGCACAUUUUGGCCAAGCACGAUGCGGAAGAGGCUGCGACGUGACACAACGCCUGGCAGGGCUUCCCUGCUCCACGCUCUGAUGGAGCUGCAGAUGCCGAGGCUUGGCCAGGGCAUCUCCCCUCCAGCAAACCCUGGGUCCCCCCAAAGGAUGGGGCUCUGCCUGGCUCCCCUCCUUCACACCAAAAGCAGGGCUGGGACGGGCUGCCCCCUGUGGAGCCCAGCCAAGGCUAAAUAGACUUUCCCUGAGUCACCGAAAGUCUGGCCAAGAAAGCGGGACGGGCAAACAGCAUCACCCCGGGCAGGUGGCAGGUGCCAGCAAGGCCUAGGGGUGCAAAUCUGCACACUGGGGACCUGCCCCAGAGCUCUAAACUGCGGCUGUGACCCCAAAUCUCCAGCUGGGGGGUGGGUUUGGUGCCACUCAGAGCAUUUCCAGCAACGCCCCGAUUUGGGCGCUGAAGGAGACGCUGGGGGGGCGGGACUUUUCUGCCAAGUCUCCUGGCUUUGCAUCCCACACCAAGCAGCUGCACCAUCAUUUGGGUUUUUUUUUUCUUCUUCCCUUUUUUGGCAAAAGCCUCCCCUGGAGCAUUCUACUCCCCGAGGGGGACUGGCAGCAGCAGCAUUUUCCGGCUCGCCGUCGUUCCUGAAAACUCUCUGGGUUUCAUUUUCGAGGCUCAGCAGCUGCUGCUGCCAUGCUGGGGGGAGGCGGAAGCUGCUCAGCCCCACGCUGGGGCCCUGCAGUGGAGCCUCCAGGCCUCCCCUUUCCAGAGGUCGGGAGCCACAAUCUGUGGAAGAUCCGGAUGAUCCAGGGGCUCCCUCGCUGGCAGCAGCAGGCAGGGCUGGCCCAGGACACCUUCCUGGCGUGCAGGAGGGAGCUGUGUGUGCUCCCCAUGGAGAUCCGACGCGCUUUGCCCCAGGAUGUCCGGGAGCUGCUGCACUGCUUGAAGAUGAAGAGCAAGUACGCCGUCCUGCUGGUCUUCGUCGUCAGCCUCGUCAUCAUCGAGAAGGAGAACAACUUCAUCUCCAGGGUGUCGGACAGGCUGAAGCAGUCCCCGCAGGCUCUGGCAGAGGCCAACAGCACGGAGCUCAGCCCAGCAGCGGCCAAGAACGGCUCGCUGGCCUCGCUGCAGGAGCUGGACGCUGCCUUCUCCCAGCUGAGGUCCCACCUGUACAACAUCACCCUGCAGCUGGCAGGUGACCCCGGGGACACCGGCCCACGGCGGCACGUCCUGCUGAUGGCCACCACCCGCACUGGCUCCUCCUUCGUUGGCGAGUUCUUCAACCAGCAGGGCAGCAUCUUCUACCUCUUUGAGCCGCUCUGGCACGUCGAGAAGACGGUGAACUUCCUGCCGGGGGGAGCCAGCGCGGUGGGCUCGGCCUUGGUUUACCGAGACGUCCUCAAGCAGCUCCUCCUCUGCGACCUCUACAUCCUAGAGAACUUCAUCUCCCCGGUUCCCGAGGGCCACCUGACGCCCUUCUUGUUUCGGCGGGGCUCCAGCCACUCGCUGUGCGAGGAGCCCGUCUGCACGCCCAGCACCAAGAAGGUCUUUGAGAAGUACUACUGCAAGAACCGCCGCUGCGGCCCCCUCAACAUCACGCUGGCGGCCGAGGCAUGCCGGCGCAAGCAGCACGUGGCGCUGAAGACGGUGCGCAUCCGGCAGCUGGAGUUCCUGCAGCCGCUGGUGGAGGACCCCCGGCUGGACCUGCGCAUCAUCCAGCUGGUGCGCGACCCCCGCGCCGUCCUGGCCUCGCGCAUGGUGGCCUUCUCGGGCAAGUACGAGACCUGGAAGAAGUGGGCGUCCGAAGGGGAGGCCCCGCUGCGCGAGGAGGAGGUGCAGCGGCUGCGGGGCAACUGCGAGAGCAUCCGCGUGUCGGCGGAGCUGGGGCUGCGGCGGCCGCGCUGGCUGCGGGGCCGCUACAUGCUGGUGCGCUACGAGGACGUGGCGCGGGCGCCGCUGCAGAAGGCGCGGGAGAUGUUCCGCUUCGCCGGGCUGCCCCUCACCCGCCAGGUGGAGGAGUGGAUCGGCAAGAACACGCAGGCUCCCCCCGACGGCAACGGCGUCUACUCCACGUGCAAGAACUCCUCGGAGCAGUUCGACAAGUGGCGCUUCGGCAUGCCCUUCAAGCUGGCGCAGGUGGUGCAGGACGCCUGCGGCCCGGCCAUGCGGCUCUUUGGCUACAAGCUGGCCAGCAGCCCCGCGGCGCUGGCCAACCGCUCCUUCAGCCUGCUGGAGGAGGCACAGCCCGCGUGGGUCACGUAGCAGGACAGGGGCACAGUGGCGGGGCGGAACGAGGGGCUGCGGCCGUGCUCCCGGCCGGUCCGGAGACGACCUGGGGGUCCCUGCUCCCGAAAACGCUCCAGGUGGCAGCCCCAGGAGACGGAGCGUCUUGGCAGAGCUGGCCCCAGGGUCCUGCAGAGCCUGAAUUGCUCAGUUUCUCCGGGAAUGGGGAAAUGGUGAGGGAGAUGGGAGGUGGGGUCGGCAGCAGGGCCACCUGCCCAGCUCGGGAGCUGCACUGAGGAGGAGGAGGAGGGUGAUGGCAGGCAGAGGGGGACAGGACCAAGCACCUCUGCCUUGCCACCCCCCCAUGCCAGCUGGGACGGGGCAAGGACAAAAUCCCUGUGGUGUCAGCAAGCGCCCAGAGACCUUCUUGGUUUAGUGCCUUCAUUCACCAGCAGAGACUGGAAACUGCCCACAGAGCCCUGGAUGGCGCUUGGGCUACGACAAAAUGAGGUGACUACGGUUUGGUGCUCUUCAAACUUGGUUUUGGAGGUUUGGGUUUAUUUCCUUUUUGCCCUGUGCAUUUGCAUACCGGGUGAAUUUAUUUAUUUAUUAUAAUGUGAAAAGGAGGGGGAAGCUGGUGAAGGAGCUAAGCCCAAAAAUCAGAGCAGCACAAGGCGCCACCAAGGGAGACACCCAGAACAGAGGUCACAUUUUAGCUGGAGACCACCACUUGUCCUUCUAUAUGAUCUCGGGAGAGCCCCUGGGGACUGCCGGGCUGUAACCCUCCCAGCCCCCGUGUGGCAGCGACUGCCAACUUCUGAGGGGGUGCUGAAAGACGGUCAGACUUAUCUGAUCAAAAACAAAGCCUCCAGCACACAGUCCAAAGCAUCUCCUGUCUCCUCUAUAUUGCUGGGUGUCCCCUGCCCGGGGGAGCCCCAAAAACAAGUGCUAACAGCACUGAUGGGUGGCCAAACCCGGUAGAGGCUCAGGGAGUUCCAGGGUGUUUGCCGUUUGCAGAUGUUGACCCAGCGCCAAGCUGCUCCCUCCAAUUCACAUUUCAUGAAUUAAAAUGCCUAUUUUUAGCCCUC